GUGUGUGUGUAUGUGUAUGUGUGUGCGCGCGCGAGAGAGGAGGGCGUUACUAGGCUACGACCGUGGAAUUCUCCCCGGACGACACAGACAGAGGGAAUAAGUCAAGUUUCAGAGCGUGACCAAAGGUAAACUCUGCCCCCCGGUGACCUGUCCUCACUUAUAAAGCCUGACCUACGCGCACGGACAGCCUUCAGAGUGCGUCAGCGCGCGCCGCGGAGCUGAGACACAGAGACGCUCUUUCACUUCCCAGCUGACCCACUUUCAGGGACACGAGGGGGAAAACAAGUUCAGCCGAGGUCUCCACGUUUCACCUGCGCAGGUAGACGCGAUGGCUGCUCCGGCCGUGCCCGUGUCCACCGUCGGGUUCCGGGCCAUGUUCGCCCUGCUCACGCCGAACGAGUCAUCCUUCGAGACGGUGCAGGAGGUUCCGCAGUACGUGCAGCAGGCCUUUCCGUACUUCAUAGGACUGAUGCUUCUGGAGCUGGUGGUGGGGGCUCUGAAGGCGGACACCCCUCUGCCCACCAUCAGCGACGGGGUCACCUCUGUCGCCUGUGGUAUGGUCUCCAGGAUUCCUCUGCUGUUUUUCAGAGGCUUCGAGAUGACGACCUACAUGUAUGUGUGGGAAAACUUCCGCCUCCUGGAGCUGCCGUGGGACUCCCCCUGGACCUGGUGGAUCUGUCUGCUGGGAGUGGACUUCGGCUACUACUGGGUCCACCGCUUCGCUCACGAGGUGGCUUUUAUGUGGGCAGCUCACCAGGUUCACCACAGCUCUGAGUACUACAACCUGACCACAGCCCUGCGUCAGUCCAUCAGCCAGCAGUUCACCUCAUGGAUUUUCUACUUGCCUCUGGCCUUGCUGGUUCCUCCCUCUGCCUUUGCAGUCCACAUCCAGCUGAACCUCCUGUACCAGUUCUGGAUUCACACGGAGGUCAUCAGACACCUCGGGCCUCUGGAGUGGGUUUUCAACACUCCAAAACACCACAGAGUCCACCAUGGGAGAAAUCUGUACUGCAUCGACAAGAACUACGGAGGCAUUCUGAUCAUUUGGGACCGUCUCUUUGGCACUUUCGCAGAGGAGUCUGAGAAAGUCAUCUAUGGGCUGGUCUUCCCCAUCAAGACUUUUGAAAUGAUCUACAUUCAGCUCCACUACUACAGGUACUUGUGGAAUAAGUCCACCCAUUACAAAAGUAUUGCUCACAAAUUCUUAACUUUCCUCAACGGGCCGAGCUGGAAGCCUGGUAAACCUCGUCUGGGCGACCACGAGGACAAUCCAAAGGUGACGGGGAAGGAGCUGCCCUAUAACCCGCGCUGGGCCCUGCCUCUCCAGCUCUACGUGGUGCUUCACUUCGUGCUGGUGCUGAAGACCUACCACGACCUCUUCGAAAGCAAGAUGUUGCUGUCUCCGAUCACCGUCUUUGGCAUGACCUGCUACAUCCUCCUCACACUCACCGCACUGGGGUUCAUCAUCGACCAGAGACCAAAGGCCGGGCUCCUGGAGAUGCUGCGCUGUCUUGUCAUGGUAACAAUGCUGAGGUACAACAUGCUGACUCCCCUGAUGCCCGCCCUGACCGUAGCCACAGAGGCCUUUGUCUCCCUCUCUCUGCUGUUCUGGGUACUGCAGUGCGUGUCUCAACUCUUCACCAUCAAGAACAAAAUGGCCUGAAGACGCGCCGCACUUCACCGUCUCGAAAAACCCACGAUGAAACUUGAUAAACCAAGACUGAAUGUAAACGCUAAAGAAGCCUAAAGGUGCACCGUGUAACUUUUUGGUCGGGGGGUUUGUCGCAUACUUUACAUUUCUUCAAUUACAGGUGGUUUUAAAGCUCAAAAAUACCUAAAAAAACAGAUAAUUUGGGUGCGAGCGGGUCGUUUCUCCGCAGAUCCGACCUGUAACUUGGUCCGGUUUGGUCUCUGUGAAAAUAAAAAGCUUUACCACACUGUGAAACAUUCCAGACAAAGCGAUAACACCUCCACGAAAAAAAAAAAGUUUUACAAACCCUCCACUAAAAAACUACAAAAUGCACCUGUAACUCAGAAGUUAUUUGAUUAAAUUUAUGCAUUUUUAUGACAGAUUUUUACUUGGAAAUUGUGGUGCUUGAGAAUUUUAACUCAUUUUAUACGUUUUAAAUAUUUUAUUCUUGAAUUCUUGUCUGAUUUUUCAACUUUUAUUUCGCUGUAAUCCUUUUCCAAACGUAAUCGAAUGACCGCGUAUGUAUUGACUUUAUGGCUUCUUUAUUAUAGACACAUGUCACUUUAUUGUAUUAUCUCUAUAUUUCACUUUCACUUUGUAUACCUCCGAGCAGAUCGCGCCGAUCCACCACUACUUGCCUGAAAUAUUGAACCAAACUGUUUUUCACUAUGCAAUAAAUAAAGAAAAUAUAUAAAGAAAAAACUGUGGAAA